AUGUGGUAUGCUGCAAUGAAGACAUUGAUCCUUCUGGCAGUGACUGUUCUGAUGUCAAUGCCUGUCAAAGGCUGGAACAUGGCAAUGGUCACUGGAAGUGACGCCCAAUUUGACGCCAUCAAGAAGGGUUGGAAAGAUGAAUGUCAAAGGUUGGGACCAAACGUUACGUGUGAAACAUAUCACGAUCUGUCACCUCAACUAAGCGAGCCUGGGGUUAACAUAACCAAGGAACCAGAAGACGUUGCGCCAUGUAUCUCACUUUUCAGGUGGUUCUUGAGGAGAGGAGACGUUGACGCCAUCGUAAUGCGAUGCCCGUGGAGGAAUGGGAUGCCUCGUGUGUUUGACGACGCCAGGGAGAGGGGCAUCCCCGUUACUGUUAUGGAAGGACAGCAAUCGCAUGCAGGUCUUGGAGAUUUCAAUACUUUUGUAGGCUCUUAUCCUGACCACGUGGGAAGCGCAAUGGCCCGAACCCUGAAGCAGUUGCGUCCAGAAGGAGGAAAAUAUCUUGCAUUUUAUAAUGACGGGAUUUCAGCAGAGCGAUUUCAUGGUUUCAAGCAUGAAAUUGAAAAGGACAAUGACCGAGAGGACAGAUCACAUUGGGAAAUGGCUCCCGUGAAUUACACAAAGCUUGGUCUCGGAUGGCAGCAUCCACCAGACCACGGUGGUUUCACUGAUAGUACUAAUCCUGGCUGGGGACCAUAUGGCUUUUUUGAUGCCGUUAGUGUUUACCCAACUGAUGUAGACAACGAUGGUAAACCUGAUUCCGAAGAAGUAUAUCCUUACACCGGUAAUCCAUUUGUUGACACCAUCCCCUACGCCAUGGAACAUGCCGUCGAGGCUGGCGCUAAUGCUGUAGUCUUCCUCUAUGGUUGGCCCAUGACGCAUCCAAAUUACACUGAUGUUGUGGACAAGUACCGUCAUCUAAACAUUCGUUGGCUCGGUGUGGACGGUACAACUGAUAACUUGAACUAUAUGGCACAAAAUUAUGUGGAUGGAUUGAUUGGAGAGCAAACCUAUGAAAUUGGAGUCAAAGCUGCGCAGGCCUCGUACAAAAUGCUUACUGAAGGAAUGGAUUCUGUACCCGACAGAGUGCCAACGAAAUUGAUCAACUACAAUCUGGUUCCAGAAGAGCUUCCUGAAUUGAUGGUCGACCAGAAUUUGUUGGGAGAUAUGAAAUGGCUCGGUUUCAUUUGCUUUGGAAUUGUGGCUGUAGGGUUCCUUGUAUGCAUGGGGUGGACUGUUUUGAACAGGAACGAGAUUGUUGUGAAAGCAAGCCAACCAUUUUUUCUGGCAAUGACUGCCUCUGGAGUCUUGGUAAUGGGCUCUGCUAUGAUUCCGUUGUCCUUUGAUGAUAGUGGUGAAGCAAUUUCGGACUCUUUUGCCAAGGGAAUAUGCAUGAGCAUUCCAUGGCUUGGAUUUACAGGAUUCAGUAUUACCUUUUCCGCGAUGUUUUCCAAAACAUGGCGCGUCAACCAGUUUUUCAAAUCCGCCAAUGCACGAGCUCGUAUCCGAGUCAAAGAAAGAGAUGCCGUUGUGCCAUUUCUUAUCAUGUUUUCUCUCAACAUCAUCAUCUUGAUUUGUUGGACUGUAAUUGAUCCAUUGAGGUAUGUCCGGAGGUUUGCGCUUGGGACCGAUGUGUGGAAUCGCGAGAUUAUUUCUACUGGACAAUGCCUUUCCAAGGAUGGGGCCAUUCCCUACUUGGUUCCGUUGGGAUUGAUCAAUCUGGUGGUGCUCGCCGUUGCAUGUUGGCAGGCAUACGAAGCGAGAGAUAUCAAGUCUGAGUUUGCAGAAGCAAAGUACAUUGCAAUGACUGUCUUCUCAUUAACACAAGGGUUUCUGACUGGGUUGCCCAUCGUGGCCGUUGCAAGUGAUACUCCCGAAACGUUCUAUUUGAUAUUGACCUUUUUGGUGUUUGGUGUUUGUAUGGUUGUGUUAUCUUUAAUUUUCAUACCCAAAAUGAUGAUGCAAAGACGCUAUGGCAAAAUGACACUUAAAGAACAAAAGAAGGCCAUGAUGGUCAGCGUUCGGCUUUCUGCUAGGAUGACCACGGAUGGACCCGGGGCAGGUUCUAGAGCUUUUGGUUCGAGAACCAAUACUUUGGCAAACAUUCCCGAACCGCAGCUUGCAAGGGUCGGCGACUUGCACGAUGGAAGCUCGUCAUCUCGUAUCCAAACUCCACCUGCUGAACAAGCAUCUUCAGAUUUAUCGAAGAUCUCGAACGAUGGAACCUUGGUGGUCACGAAAGCUGAUGGUAGACGCAUUGUGUCAUCCUAUCUUGACGAUGAUGAAGUUGCUGAGGCAUGA